AUGAGUGCCGCAUUCGCUGUGAAUACUUUCAAGGUUCCUGAUUUUAUUCCUCCGCUCUGGGCCCGGAACGCGCACUUCCAGACCAUCGCAGGGGCUCUGCUUACACGUGCGCCCAAAGGCUUUCACUAUACCCACCGGGUCCGGUUGCAUACCCCGGAUGGGGACUGGUUCGAGGUCGACUGCGCUGUGCAUGGCGCCCACGACGAACGCGUUGAACCUGGAGAGGUGCAGGACAGCUUGCCGGCUACCAGAGCAGCGCGUCCGCUGGCAGUUGUUCUGCACGGUCUGGAGUCGUGCUCCAGAGGCAUCCAAACCCUGCAGCUAGCGAACAUGCUCUAUAAUGGUCUGGGUGCGAAUGUAUAUGCGAUGAACUUUCGCGGCUGUUCGGGUGAACCGAAUGCCACUCCAAAAUCGUACCACCUCGGGGAGACAAGCGAUCUAAAACUCCUCAUCGAGGAGCUUCGUUCGCGAGUAGCUCCAGUCGCCUCUGACGAGCGCGCGCAGCCGCUGCUCUUGUCGGGUUUCUCACUUGGCGGAAACGUGAUCUGCAAGUACUUGGGCGAGUUUGUGGAGCACGCUCGUCUAUUCGGCGUCACAGCGGCUGCUGUGUACUGCGUUCCAUUCGAUGCACUCGCUAGUCAGCCAGUGUUGGACUCCGGUCUCAUCAGACGGUACGUCUAUAGUCGUCGAUUCGUCCGAAGCAUUCAGAAUAAGCUGAAAAAUCGCCGCCUUUCAACUAAGGUGCCCUAUGAUCUCGAAAGAGUGCUGCGGGCGGAAACCAUCGGCGAGAUAGAUGACGCGUACAUCGCACCGACAUACGGAUUCAAGGAUCGCUUCGAUUACUAUCGAAAGUGCAGUUGCGGACAGUUUCUCGGGGGUGUACGGACCCCGCUUUUGAUCAUUAAUGCACGUGACGACCCGUUCAUGGCACCGAGCUCAUUGCCGAUCCCGGAAGAGAUCCGGAACCCAAUGGUAUGCCUCGCGUAUACCAGUUAUGGUGGACAUUGCGGAUUUUUCUCAGGUAUGGCCACUGUGCGCGGCGAUUCCUGGAUUGGCUCACAUUUACAGCGAUUCUUUGAGUGGACUCUGGAGCAACAACUGAAUGACCAGGACUAUGUGGCGAGAUGCACCUGA